AUGGAGAACCAGGCUGGCCAGCUACUGACUCCUCCCGCAGCAGAUAACACGUUCUUGAGACCAGGAUCCGAAUUCGACGCUGGUCUCAAUGCAUCCACCGCAUGGACAGAGCAUCUCGAGAGGACAUCAACCUACCAAUCCGUCUCUGAUGAUGAGAAAGAGCCGGUACCAGAAGGAAGACCAGCAAGAGCGUUGUAUGAUUUCGAAGGGAGGGCCGAUUUCCGUGAACUAACUAUGAAAGCUGGAGACAAUAUUAUUGUACUCAAGGAGAGUCUACCAGACGGUUGGAGUCUUGUGACGAUCGAUGGUGAAGCCGGACUAGUCCCAGCUACAUAUUAUACUUUUACGACAGAUUUCACAACAUUACACAAGAAAGACGGCUCAAAUAACACAAUAGGCCCGAACGACUCUACACCACGGUCGACAACGCCACCCCCGCUUGCGAAUCAACGAACAGGAGAAUGGACAUAUGGCCUCCCAAACUUCCGCCAGAGUCUACUGGGUGGCAAAAGCCUGAACCGGUUCUCAAGCUUCGUCACCUCUGGCGCAGAGGAAUGGGUUCUUCAUGGAUCUGCACAAGACAUUGGUCCCACUUCUCCUUCGCACGUCUCGCCUCGACAUGAACGAGAGCUCACCGACGCCGAGCAAGAGGAAGAACGAAUCCAAGCCGAAGCGUCGCAAGAAGCUGAUCAGCAUUUUGUCGAUGAAGGUCCAGUUUGGAAACCAAAGCUUCCAGAAUUCAAGGUGUUGGUGCACUCGCCCUCCAAGCGCUCGUCAACACUCUCCGGCUCGUACACUGUAUACACUGUCACAUCCGUUUUCAUAUCCCCGCCGGAGGGGAUAGAGAAAGACGAGGAAGAAGAGGACGAGCCACCCGGCUCUCCGAAGCGCAUAUCCGUUCAUCGUCGAUUCUCACAUUUCGUUUUCCUGCAUACUGCUCUUACCAAGCGACUACCUGGAAUCGCACUACCUCCACUUCCGGAGAAGCAGUACGCUGGUCGAUUCAGCGAAGACUUUGUCGAAGCACGACGCGGCGACCUCGAGCGCUACUUGAACCGGGUCAUUCGCCAUCCUAUUGCCCGCUAUGCUGAAGUUUUGACCUUCUUCCUCAGUUGCGAGAGCGAGAUUGAGUGGCGAAAGAGGCUCCCGCAUCAUCUUGCCCUCCCACCAGCGGGUCCUCAGUUCUAUGCCAAGGUCUUCCAUCCUGCUUUCAAUCUAGACGCAGAAGAUGCAGCCGAGUCGGUCGAAAGGUUCAGUCGACAUCUCAAGGCAGUCGGAAAGGGCGUCCAAGGCCUUCGCGAACUUGCAAGAUACCAGCGGUUAUUCUCGUAUUCACUCAUGUCACUGAUCACGUCAACCCCUCUUGCAACUCCGCAAAUUUCGCAAAACAACGGGAAUCUGGAGGACGAGGAAGAAGAGGAGGAUACCUCGAGAGCUGGCUUGCUGAAUGCCGAAGGAGCGUGGUGCUGGCGAGAGCACUGCGAUGAGUGCCUAAGACUGACCAAAGCGAUACAAAAGACGGCAGAAGCACUGCAAACGAUUGCAGAUCUUCAAGAGGACAAUGCUAAACGAACACAGUUAGUGACACAUGAAUCGCUCAAGGAUGUUGCCCACCCUGCAGUUUUAUACGCCCCCGUGAUUGACACUCAUAAGUCGACCCUGUCCCGAUACAAGAGUGCCCUGAAGAACGCCGAACCUGUGGACGAGAUAUCCGGGAGAUGCGAGACGGUCCUCAAUACGACCAUGUCUGAAUUCUCAACCUACCACAGUCAAAAGCAGGAGGACUUUGAGCGACUGACAUUGGAACAUCUCAAUGGGGAAAUUGAGCUGUACACGAACAUACUCGAGCGAUUACAGGCAGCAAAAGCCGCUUUCUAUUCACCAGAUUGGGAUGAGCUAUCGGCUGCGCGCUCGGGCCCACGACAGCCGUCAAGACUCGAACGAGAUCUUUCCGCUGUCGAUCCAGGACAGGCAGAGUUGCGACGACUGCUCGGAACGGGACGAGAGCAAGGGUUGACGAGACGUUGGUUGAGCCGGCACCUCAUGUAUGGGAUAGUGCUCCGAUGA